AUGUAUUCGAAUGAUAUAACAGGUGGUCACUCGACAACAAGAGGACGAGGAAUUACAAGACGUGUUAAUGGGAAUCCAAUUCAACAUCAAUAUCAGUAUAAUUCAUCAUCACAAGAAGAAACAGAUGAUGUUUCCUUAUCUCAUACAUCGAAUAUUACGAAGAAUGGAAUGAAAAAGUGUGUUAGUUGUUCAGUAUUAGUUCCAGAAUCUGAUCAGCGUCAGCAUUUAUUAAAUUGUACUGGGAGUAGUAGUGUUCGUGAGAACAAGAAACGCUGUAUACAAUGUGAGCAAUUAUUUGAUAUAUCUGAAUUUGCAUCUCAUAUGGCACAAUGUGAUGGGCGAGAUACAUCAAUAACAGCGUCCAAUCAAAAGUUAAAAACAUGUCCAAUGUGUUCAAAGUCCGUUGAAAAUCUACAACAACACGCUAGCACAUGUAAUGGUGAUACUGAAAAACCACAAUAUCAUGAACGAGAUACAUCACCACCAGCAUUCAACAAAAAAUUAAAAAUAUGUCCAAUGUGUUCAAGGUCCGUUGAAAAUCUACAACAACACGCUAGCAUAUGCAGUGGCGAUUCUGAAAAACCACAAUAUCAUGAACGAGAUACAUCACCAUCAGCAUCCAACAAAAAGUUAAAAAUAUGUCCAAUGUGUUCAAGGUCCGUUGAAAAUCUACAACAACACGCUAGCGUAUGCAGUGGCGAUUCUGAAAAACCACAAUAUCAUGAACGAGAUACAUCACCAUCAGCGUCCAACAAAAAGUUAAAAAUAUGUGCGUGA